AUAUCGUCCCGUACCGUACCGAGCUGAGUAUCGCAUCUGUGGGAGCCUUUACGCCAAUGUCAGAACAAUCAGAACCCUUUCGAAUCUACUUCUACCAACACGGAUCACUAAAUGUAUAACAACAUACGACAGAUAUUGUGGGUAUUGAUCCGUCGAUGUUGCGGUUGAACUGUAAAUGUACACUAUGUGUGUGGUGUACGUCUCUCUACGUAUCUGAUUUUGUUGUUUGUUAGUAAUGGUGACCAUUGUGACUAAUAGUCGACGUGAAUAUUAUUAUAGAAACCGAAGUAUAAACACCCAAUAUCAUAGGUAUAAUAAAUGUGCUGUAAUCGUCUCAGUGUUAUGGGUUGUGAACAUUACAGACUACACGUUUCGUUGUUUUGUAUAAUGUAUAAGCGGUGGGCCUAAUCGGCUCUUGCACCGCGACCUGCUGUGGUCUGUUGUGCUUCGUUGUUGUUAAGUUAUGCAUGUUAGAGCCAACUUAGAAAUCAAGCCGGAUUUGUGUAUACAUGUUAAUGAAAGCAUUAUCCAGUAUCAUUUUAUAGUAAUUCGUGCUUCCACCAGCAGACUUAAGAUGUUUAAUUGGUUACGAAGAGUACUAUUUUCUGCGAUAUAACGCUGUGUAAUCCCGUGAUUCUCAACGGUCUAUGCUGCAUUAUGUCCCAGAAGAUAACACUGCUGAUAACCACCCCUGUGAAAACCACAAAUUGUACAUGUAAUUGGUUAUAUUUUUGCAGUAUUUACGUUUGAAGUGUAUUUUAAACAUUUUGCACACGUAACGAUUGCAGCCUUAAGACCAGCUCUGUGGUCAGCCCAGUUUUCUAUCCAAUGAGGUACCAAGUACUCUUUUCCUGCAGAAGGAUCUGUUGCUUAAUGUGGACUUCAGACCACAGAUGAUGUUCUAGAUGCCUGAGUUAAAUGGGAUAUGGAGGCAGAGGAACUCACUGCCCCAGAUGAUAUAUGUCAUGAGAAUAUGGUCAUUGUGUCAGUUAAAGAAAAAGUGAAUGGAGAAAUUGGCACGCAGAAAGAUGGAGAGUGUUCUGACAUAACUUCUGGUACUGUAGAUACAGAGCAAUACAUGCAAGAAUAUAUGGAGCUGGAAGAUAUUGAAAGAAAUCGUGUAAUGGAGACUACCAGUCAGCAAGGUGAUGAGAGGGAAGCAACUUUGGCAACUGAGCUAGCUGUGUCAUUUGCCCCCUGCAUUCAGUCAUCAUUCCACAUAGCUGAUAGACCUCAUGAGUGCCAUGUUUGCAGCAGAAAGUUUGCACUGAUUGAUGACCUUGAGAAGCAUUCCUUAAUACACACAAGAGGACAGCCACAUGAAUGCCUUUUAUGUAAUAAGAAAUUUACACGAAUAACUGGCCUCAAGACACACUCACUCUUACACGCCGGUGAACGACCACAUAAAUGUAGUGAGUGUAAUAAAAAGUUUGUACUAGUCUCUGAUCUGAAGAGGCAUAUCUUGAUACAUAGUGGUGAACGUCCUUAUAAGUGCACUAUAUGUAUUAAGAAAUUUACACGAAUAACUCACCUCAAGAAACAUGCUCUAACGCAUACUGGGGAACGUCCUCACGGAUGUGGUGUUUGUGGAAAAAGAUUUACGUUUCCUAGUGAUUUGAGAACACACACACUGAUUCAUACAGGAGAAAGGCCACACGAAUGUACACAAUGCAAUAAGAAAUUUAGAAAUCUGAAUGUUCUUAAGAGACAUUUAUUGAUACAUACAGGACAGCGGCCUCAUGAAUGUACCAUGUGUGAACGGAAGUUUAGAGAUUUAACUGACCUCAAGCAACAUACACUUAUUCACACAGGGCAACAGCCUCAUGAGUGCCAAGUAUGUGGUAAGAAAUUCACGCGGAUGACAGAUCUCAGGAAACAUUCGCUAAUUCACACAAGAGAACGACCUCACCACUGCACUAUAUGUAACAAGAAGUUCAUCCGUAUGUCUGACCUGAAGACUCAUUCACUUAUACACACAGGAGAACGUCCCCAUGAGUGUAAUGUGUGUUGUAAAAAAUUUACUCGAAUAAGUCACCUCAAGGAACAUACCCUAAUACAUACCAGGGAGAAAAAUCAUGACCAUAAAAUUGUUAAAGGUGUACGUUGAGCACGGAACCGAGCCAUGAUCCUCACAGUCUCAUGUAAUUUGUUAUUCUUUACACUACAAGAUUCUUUUGAUCUGUGAUAGCUUGCUUGAUUCUUUUCAAGAUACAAGUAGACAGUGCCUUAUUUCUGUGCAACAUUGCACUUACAUGCAGUGCUGAUUGCAUCAUGAGAUAAUAAACACGUGCUUCCUCAUACAUUUGUUCACUAUUUACACUGAAAUAAGGACACACAUCUUUCUCACAUGGAACAAGGAGGUUAGUGUAGCAGAAACACACUUAACUUGUAUGUGGAGCCACACACUUUGAAGCUCAGCCUGGCUACAAACUUUCCUGGCUGAAGUUUAAUUUUUUCUUGUCUCUUAAGGUGAAACCUUGUGAAAUGUAUCAUGAUGGCUUCCAUAGAAAUCAAUAUCUACCCUCCAUUUAUGGCCACAUUUCCAUCUUGCUCAACAUUAUUUAACUCUUGCAGUUGAAAUGGUGUAAUUAAUCCUAAUUAUACAGGGAUAGGAAGUUUAAAUCUUCCAUACUAUGUCUGUGAUUACCAGAUUUUAAGUGUGUGGGGGGGGGGCGUCAGCUAGUGAUGGUGUUAGUGUUAAAAAACAUAUCUUUGAAACUUUAACUGCUUAAUGUUCUAUUCAGAAUUAUUCAAAAGGAAACAUAUUUUCAAAUUCUACAGUAUUAUUUACUUCUAUAAGAACUGUUUCCAAGAAAAUUUAUAGAUUUCUGAAAGAAAACAGUGUACAGUAUUAUGUAUGGUAUAUUAAUCCACAUAUGCAACACUUGCAUUUCUAGAAAUGUUUUUCUUCUCACAUUGUGAAGGAACCUUGAUUUAGAAGUUUUAACUUUAUAUGCUAAAUACAGAAACAUGGAUCUUUACAAGGCUGGCUUUGCAUUUGGAUCUUCCUCUUGGUGUGGAUUAUGGGUGAGGUGUCUGCACUCAUUUCCAACAGAUUUUGAACCAGAGUCCAAUGAAACAUUUGGUGGUCUAUUUUUCUACCAUAGGAUAAUAAAUGAUGUGGUCAAUAUCAUUAGUGAGACUGAUCAAGUAAAAAAAGAUGUCCCUCUAUGAAGAGCACAACAACUUCAUCUAUGGCUCAGUGUUCAGAUGGGCUGUAAAAUUUAUCAUGGGCAUUACUCGUCAUACCAAAAAGAGAUGUAAGCACGCUGACUGAUAUAGAAAAAUGUAUAAGUCUCGUUAUAUGAAAAAGUUAGUUUCAUUUCAUGAUAUUACUGUUAAAUGAGGUAUAGAACUCUUCAAGAAUGGACCAAAAACAAUAUUUCGGUGUAUUUGACAUAGGGUGCCUCUUGUAUCUACAGUCCACUUAGACCUCCAAUGAAAGGAUGGGAACCACCAGAAUCCCAAUGAUAUUUUGGUCUUUACUAAAUUGUGUUUUAGCUUCUGCUUGCAUUACUAUGCCAUCCAUUUAUGCUGUUUUCAGGUUCACUUUUACUGUCAGAUGAGUCUUUCUCUGACGUGAACUCUGUUCAUUAUCAUUUUUAACUUCUGGAAUGAAAGGACGUAAUUAUCAUGCAGACCACUUGACACCAUUAUGUUUCAUGGCAAGCAGUGUGGUUCAUGCAUGGGUUUUUUUUAUUUGUCACCAGUAGGCAGAAGUUAUCAUCUCCAUUAGCCAUUUAUUAGUUGCAGUUAGUGAGCAGUGUGGAAUGUCUUGAUGCGGUAUACUUUAGAGCAACGUAUAUUUCUGUAUGACACCUACAUGAAAUACGGAUCUGCUAGGAAUUCCAUAAAAAUUCUGAUGUAAAUUUCUUGAUGAAAGAAUUCUAAACAGAUAACAAUUCACAAUUUGGUGAAUAAACUUAAACCAACAGGACUCUUAAUAUACAAGAAACAAAAACCUAAGCGCCGAGUGCUUAAUGAGGAGAAGUUAGGUGACACAGGGGCUUGAUCAUACAUCAAAAAGUCACUGCAACAUCUAGCUCAAGAGACUGGAAUGUCGAAAUCUAGUGCAAAAAUGGCAACACGAUUGCGGAAGCUUAGACCACAUAGAACAACGGUAAUGGACACAUGCCUUGCAGCCAUGCAAUCCAGCUAGCAGUGUUCAUUUUUGCAGUUUGUUUCUAUAUCUGUUUUCAAAGGUGAUAUCAGUCCCCAGUUGGUAUUCUUUUCUGUUAAAGUGUGAUUUCACUAGCAGGGAUACAUAAAUAUGUAAAUUAAUCGCUGUUGGAGUUCACAGAAUCAACAUCAAACCCAUGAAGUCCUUCUCCAUCCAGUGAAAGUUAGUGUCUGGUGUGUUGUAAGUGCAAGAAGGAUUGUUGUACCUGUGUUUUUAAUGGAACAGUUAAUUGCAAAAGAUGUCUAUGUGUAGAGGGACAGCAUUUUCAACACCUCAUGUGAUCUGUAUAUUGAACUUCAUUCCGAACUUUAUUGGCUGUCCAUUCACUUUGUAUUUGGUCCAGAUGUUCUCAUCAUCAACCUGUUCUCAAGCACUCCUAAUCUGUGUUCCUCCCUUAAUGUCAGAGACCAAGUUUCACACCCAUAUGGAACCACAGGCAAAAUAUAGUUUUGUGUAUUCUAAUUUUUAAUUUUUUAGAUGGAAGAUGUGAAGAUAAAAGAAUCUGGACUGAAUGGUAGGGAGAAUUAUGUGAAUUCAAUUUCCCCUUAAUUUCUUUCUGAAUCAAAUUUUGAUUUGUUACUGUCGUUCCCAAAUAUUUUAACUGUCCCACAUUUUCAGAAC